GCCAAUGAGAGCAUAAAGCGCUGGGCCGGAGUUGAGCGCGCGAGGCAGACAAAUGGUCGACGCGGUUCUGUUCGAGUUUUUACACACGGAGAUAGUGGCGGAGUUGUGGGCACACGAACCCGACCCCGAUUCCAGCCCCGGGGAACAGAAGAUGAACCUGUUGGUGCUGGAGAGCAUGGGCUUCCGUGUGGGCCAAGCCCUGGGCGAGCGGCUGCCCCAGGAGACGCUGGCCCUCAGGGAGGAGCUGGAUGUCCUCAAGUUCCUGUGCAAAGACCUGUGGGUGGCCGUGUUCCAAAAGCAGAUGGACAGUCUCCGCACCAACCACCAGGGGACCUACGUGCUACAGGACAACAGCUUCCCCCUGCUCGUCCGGAUGGCCUCGGGCCUGCAGUACGUGGAGGAAGCACCCAAGUUCCUGCCCUUCACCUGCGGCCUCCUCCGCGGCACCCUCAGCACGCUGGGCAUCAAGAGCCUGGUCACCGCCUCCGUGGCAGCCCUGCCAGCCUGCAGGUUCCAGGUGGUGGUGCAGAGAUCCUGAGGGGCCCGGGCCCCGGCCCCUGGUCCGCAGCCCCCGCCCAGUCUCACCCAGGGCUGCCGGGGAACUCCCGGCCCUGGGAUGGCGAGCAAGACAGGCG